GCUCAUUCGUCCGUUUUAGAGUUACCAGGACGGCCAACUUCCCUUACCGUCUCCGACAUUCGUGCCAGAUCAGCUAUGUUAAAUUUUGUCCCCGGUUUUGAUGGUCACACAGCCAUUCGACAGUGGAUUGUGGAGGCAAAGAUAGCUGACUCUAGUGUGUUCCAAGUCAUCUACAAUGUUAGUGCUCCAAAAGCUCGAUCUAUACCUGUGGAAGGACUUCGUCCCUACACACGUUAUCAACUUCGACUGAUUGCUGAGAAUGUGCGUGGAAGAGGAGCACCCAGUGAACCGAGUGUUGCUUUUGAGACAAAGCAGACAAAUCCAGAAACACCAGCUUCACGACUUUAUGCUGAGCCUUUAUCAGCAACUUCUCUAUCACUUUCUUGGACUCCAUUAUUAGCGAAUCAAUGGAAUGGGCAACCAAAAGGAUAUCUGAUACUAUAUAGGGAAGUCGGAACGGAUCAUUGGCACGAAGUGCGUAUACCUUCACUACGAGCGAGCGACUUUACUUUGCGAGAUCUUCAACCUUACACAAGCUAUGAAGUCCAACUUUUUGCAGAAAAUAUGUUUGGAAGGAGCUCAUCAUCGGGAACGUCUGAAGCGAAGUACGAUGAAGCUUUUUUGAAGCAUGAAACAGUCGUCUGGAUGAAAGAAAUACUUCAGGACUUACGAAGGGGUGCCAUCGGGACCACCAAGAAAUGUCCGAGCUGA